CUUUAAAAUCUGGCUGUUCACGCAAAUUUGAAGCUAAUCCGUAAUUUGCAGUACUGUACCUUUCAGAAGAAGUUAUUCCUCCGGUAUCCCAUAAUGCUAAACUGACCGCCUGAUCACCUCAAAGAAUACUCUAACCUACCUAAUAAAUUGGAAGUGAGAGUUUGACAGUAGAAUCAACAGCCACAGCGGUGGUGGUGGACUCUCAGAUAAACCCGGGUCUUGUGUUGACAGCCUGAUUAGUAUAGCCAGCCUUUGUUGGUAACAGUUUUACGCUCUGAUCCCGUGAGUUAAAACAAGAAGCUUGGAUUGUUCUUUGCAAGAAGUGCGUGGAAAAGUUUUUAAACUAGUCAGAUACGUAGUGAGCAUUAUUUAAUUAUUUUACUGCGUGCACAAUUAAACAGCUGUAUGCCUGUUCUCUUGUCAUGUGGUUACGCGCCUGUCUCCUGACCUUGCUCAACAUUUACUGAGAAUAACUACCGUAAUUGCAUUUAUUAUUACACAGGAGAAUACAAAUGAUCCGUUCGUAACAUUAACACAGCUGCCAUAAUUAGUAUUGCACGUAUGUGCCAAACGCUACUCGUAUGUACAUUGUCACAUCACACAUAUUGUGAUUAAUAAAUGUUUUAACAGAAGGACACUCGGUGAUGUGUGCUGCCAGGGUCUGCCUCGGUCCGGGCUUCCUUCUGGCCAGCAGGUCUGUGAAGCUGAGCCUUGCGCGGUGGAAGCACUCCGCCUCUCGACCUUACAAAGCUGUUAUAUUUGAUAUGGGAGGCGUUCUUCUUCCAUCGCCUUAUCAGAAGGCCACCGAGUGGGAGGUGCAGCAUUGCGUACCUGCAGGCACUAUAGUCCAGGCCAUCCGAUCAGGUGGAGACAGCAAUGCCUGGAUGAGAUACAUGAGAGGAGAGCUGAGCGCUGCACAAUUUACACACGCCUUCGGAAAGGAGUGUGCAGCUAUAGCAGGCUGUCCUGUCCCAGUGAACUCCUUCCUGUCUGAUCUGACCUCGGGCCCCAUGGCUCAGCAGAACCCAGCCAUGUCCGAGGCAAUCCUCUGUAUCCGAGCAGAGGGGCUGAAGACAGCUGUGCUGAGCAACAACUUCUACCUGCAGCAUGGGCACAGCUACCUGCCCCUGGACAGGACCCAGUUCCAUGUGAUUAUAGAGUCGUGCCACGAAGGGCUUUGCAAGCCAGAUGCCCGUAUUUACAGGCUGUGUGUUGACCGCCUCGGGGUCCUCCCAGAAGAAUCGGUCUUCCUGGACGAUGUUGGUCAGAAUGUGAAGGCAGCGGCUCAGCUGGGCUUCCGCACAAUCAAGGUUGAAGACCCAGCAGUGGCAGUGCAGGAGCUGGAGGGCUUGCUGGGGUUCCCUCUGCGAGGGUUUGUCCCCGGCACUCGGGCUGUCAGAAAAGGGAUGGACAUCCCUGUAGAUCCCCUCAGACAAUACCUGCAGAGUGUCGUGCCUCUCUCCUCAGCAGAGCCUCUGACUCUGCGGCAGUUUAGUCAUGGCCAGUCCAACCCCACUUACCUCCUCAACACUGGGGGGCGCCAUCUCGUCCUGAGGAAGAAACCACCAGGUGCACUGCUGCCCUCCGCACAUGCUAUCGAGAGGGAGUUCAGAGUGAUGAAGGCUCUGGGGGAUGCUGGAGUUCCUGUCCCAAAGGUGCUUGCUCUUUGUGAAGAUCCCAGUGUCAUUGGCACAUCCUUCUUCCUGAUGGAGUACUGUCCAGGGAGGAUAUUCAAGGACCCGUCUCUGCCGGGGCUGGGCCCAGACGAGAGGAGAGAGGUUUACCAGGCCAUGAACCGCGUCCUGUGUCAGAUUCACAGCGCUGAUAUCAGUGCACUUGGGCUGCAGGAUUAUGGGAAAUCUGGUAACUACACUGAGCGGCAGGUGCGGAUCUGGACCAAGCAGUACCGAGCCAGCGAGACGCAGCGCAUCCCAGCAAUGGAGAAAGUGCUGGAGUGGCUCCCACAGCACCUCCCCAAGCACGAGAGGACCACCGUGGUGCACGGAGACUUCAGGCUGGAUAACCUGAUUUUCCACCCAGAGAAGCUGGAGGUGCUGGCAGUACUGGAUUGGGAGCUAUCCACACUGGGGGACCCCAUUUCCGACCUGGCUUACAGCUGCCUGGCCCAUUACUUGCACCCCGAUUUCCCAGUUCUCAAAGGUCUCAGCGGAUGUAACCUGACGGAGCUGGGCAUCCCCACAGCAGAGGAGUAUUGCACCCUGUACAGCAGCAGCAUGGGGAUGGAGCCCAUCGACAACUGGAAUUACUACAUGGCCUUCUCCUUCUUCAGAGUCACAGCCAUCCUGCAGGGAGUCUACAAGCGCUCACUGAGAGGGCAGGCGAGUUCUGCCAGCGCAGAGGUUACUGGGAAGCUGGCAGAGCGGAUGGCAGAGCUGGCGUGGGAUUUCGCAGUCAAGGAGGGAUUCCGGGUCUUCAAAUCCAUUCCCAUGGGCAAACCCGGGGCUGGACCUACCAGGGGCUACAGAGCCUGGUCUGGGCAGCAGCGGCCGCAGAGAUUGACCGCCACCCCUGCACACUGCGCUGCUGACCUGUCCACCAGCAGCAUAACCUCCCAUCCCGCAAAGGGUCACCUGGUCAUCUCCCCUGACGGCCUGCGGCCCCCUGUCCAGGAGCUAUACCGACACCUGCAGGAGUUCAUGAAGAAGCACAUCUACCCCCUUGAGCAGCAACUUCGAGACCACCAGGUAUCUGAGGACAGGUGGAGCCCACACCCUGCCAUGGAGCAAUUGAAGAAGAAGGCAAAGUCUGCAGGUCUGUGGAACCUCUUCAUCCCUCUGGAGGUGGAUCCGGAGGGGAGACUGGGACCCGGGCUGACCAACCUGGAAUACGCACACCUGUGUGAGACUAUGGGCCGCUCGCUGUACGCUCCGGAGGUGUUUAACUGCUCCGCCCCUGACACUGGGAAUAUGGAGGUGCUGAUUCGCUACGGGACUGACCAGCAGAGGGAGCAGUGGCUCAGGCCACUGUUAGAGGGAGAAAUACGGUCCUGCUUCGCCAUGACUGAGCCACAGGUGGCCUCUUCAGACGCCACAAACAUUGAAGCCUCAAUCACAGAAGACGGAGACUCUUACAUUCUGAACGGUCAUAAAUGGUGGACGUCAGGUGCCCUGGACCCUCGUUGUAAGCUCUGUGUGUUUAUGGGCAAAACAGACCCGAGUGCUCCCAGACACCAGCAGCAGUCUAUGGUCCUGGUUCCCAUGGAAACGGCGGGGGUGAAAGUCCUGAGGCCUCUCUCUGUCUAUGGCAUAGAGGAUGCUCCAGGCGGUCACGGGGAGCUGGUGUUUGACAGGGUGCGUGUCCCCCGAGAGAACCUGCUGCUGGGGCCCGGUCGAGGGUUCGAGAUUGCACAGGGCAGGCUGGGGCCGGGCAGGAUCCACCACUGCAUGAGGCUGAUCGGACACUCGGAGCGAUCCCUGGAGCUCAUGAAGGAGAGGGUGAAGUCGAGAGUGGCGUUUGGGAAGCCUCUGGCGGAGCAGGGAACGAUCCUGGCUGACAUUGCUGAGUCCCGCAUGGAGAUCGAGCAGGCCCGUCUCCUGGUGCUCAAGGCAGCUCACCUCAUGGACACAGUAGGGAACAAGGUGGCUGCUCCAGAGAUCUCAAUGAUUAAAGCAGUGACCCCAAGCAUGGCUCUAAGGGUCAUCGACCGUGCCAUCCAGUCUUUCGGGGCAGCUGGGCUCAGCAAUGACUACCCCCUGGCGCUGUUCUACAGCUGGGCACGGGCACUGAGGCUGGCAGACGGACCGGACGAGGUGCACCGGGCUGCUGUGGGCAAAAUGGAGCUGAAACGCUGAACUUUUUAAUUAUCUUUACUAUUAUUCAUCUAGAUCUCCAAUCAUUUGACCCCUAUUUUUCUACCUAAUUUGAAUGUGGACUCACCGCUGUAAACCUCUCACCGAUGAGGAAGAUCAACGGGCAUCUCUAUCCCUGUCUCUCUUCAUUCAGAAGACAUAAAGAAUGAAUUGCACCAAACUACUGAACUCUGGAGACAGGACCUUUCUCAUUAGACUUUAAGGAAUUGAUGACUUUAAAGUGUCCUCAGUACUUCUAAUGAGGUCUGUUUGGAGCAGCCAGUUUAUAAGAACAUAAGAACAUAAGAAAGUUUACAAACGAGAGGAGGCCAUUCGGCCCAUCUUGCUCGUUUGGUUG